AUGUCUGAUUUGGUGGCUCGAACGGGUCGGCAUCAGCAGCGGUACGAGAACGGUUAUCGCCUUGUUGCUGGGUGUGUUCCAUUUAGGUAUAAAAGUUCUAAUGACUUUGGAGACACUGGUUCCAAGAAGAUUGUUGAAGUGCUUUUGAUUAAUUCACCCAGUGGACCAGGACUUUUAUUUCCAAAGGGAGGUUGGGAGAAUGACGAAACUGUUGAGGAGGCAGCUGUAAGAGAAGCUAUAGAAGAAGCAGGAGUUCGAGGAGACCUAAUGAAUUUUCUUGGAUGCUAUGAGUUUAGGAGUAAGACGCAUCAAGAUGAGUUCAGUCCUGAAGGUUUAUGUAAAGCAGCAAUGUUCGCCCUGUUUGUCAAGGAGGAACUUGAACUAUGGCCUGAGCAAAGUACCAGAAAUAGGAGUUGGCUGGCUAUAUCUGAAGCACUUGGAAGCCUCCGGCAUGCAUGGAUGAGGGACGCUUUAGAAUGCUUCUGUAAAUGGCACGAGGAUAAGUUAGUGAGUGGAACGUGA